AUGGGAGGCUAUUCCGAUCGACAGCAGUCUUCAAGCUAUGCGCAUACAAGACAACCAUCUAAAGCUCCUUCGCAAGGCCGUAACGGCGCUCACGCUCCGUCACAGACUACAAGCCCUGCGAGUCCUGAGCUUGCUGGCGCGUCCUCUGAAGGCCCCAGACACCUCAAUGACUACCCGACGGGUGCGGAUCUAACUGCAUUCACUGCUAUUAGGUGCUCCCAAUUGGAGGACAUCAUUUUUGACCGGCUUCAACGACUGGACUCUAAUACUUUUGCUGAAUUUCCAUUCUACACAGCAGAUCGGGAAAUCUAUACGCAGCUUCUAGGCGUAAUGAGUAGCAGAAAUCUCGGUAGGGUUGCGAGUUUAUUCACAAACGACCUCCAAAAGUCGCAAUGGGAGCUCUUCAGCAAUAAAGGCGUCCCACCCAGGGAACUGGAGUCUAAGAUUGAUAUGAUGAUACGGUCAAUGAAGCAUAUACACCUCAAGACCCGGCCAGACGGCUUGUGGCGCGAUUCAUGCACCAUCCUUGUUGCGCUUGCAGAACUCUUAGUCAGUUCUCAUGGACCAUCACUCAAGUACGCAUACUGUAAUCUCUUUGUUGACCUCUUGCUCCCCGUUGCCUCAAAUUGGACCUCUCAGCUUCAAACGCCACGAUAUCAGAAUUUUCUUCACCUCGUAACUCCUCGAGUCGGAAGCAUAGUCGUCAAGCCUCGUCAUUGGCCGGAGGCAAUCUCUUGCUCUUCAAUCUUGCUCUGUGUCUCUCCAAAUGAACUAUUUGCUUCGUCUUGGCUGUCGCAUAUUAAUAGCCUGCAGCCAAAGCUCAAAGAUCGAAGCACUAGGACUCUCGCACUACAGUCUGUAACAAGAGUGGUGUGGACAUACCUCGAUCGCAUCAAAGAAGCAAGCACUACUAUUCGGCGCUUAGAAGACAUCAUGAAAGUAGUCCUUCCAUCCAACAAAAAGACUUCUCACACGCCAGACACUAUGGCCUGCGAACCUUUGGCUGAGCUCAUUCGUAUCAUCGGCUAUCAUCAUCAAGAGUAUUGUUUCAGUAAGAUCAUAUUUCCUCUUCUGAGCUUCGAUCUCUUUGCAACAGGCAAGGACAUCAAAGUUGAUCAGUUAGAUCCAGAACGCAUGGUGAUCGGAAUCAAAGCGUAUUUACUGAUUAUGAAUGACCUUGGGAGCGAUGAAGGUGGCAAGCCACCGUUUCCUCGUUUUGGACAAGGCGGUCUCGCCAUUGCAGAUGGGAACAUAUCUGCAUUUUCCAUCAAACCCUCUACUGGAGCUGCAGCCUCAGUCGGUGAUUCACGCUCUUCGUUCGGGGCUUCUCCUGUGGCCACCACCAAGCUAAGCUCAUCUGCGCGCGAAUACCACUCUCGAUUUUGUGAGAUCUUGGGGAAGAUCGUGAUCAUCUGUGACAAUGCUUUUGGUGGUCAAGCUGUGCUGGAUGAAAAGUUUGGUGGCGGACUCACCCCAAAACCCCUCUCGCAGACACAUUCAACUUCGGUCACUGUGACCAUUGGCUUCGCGCGCUUCAUUUUCAAUUUUGACGCUCGGUACGCUACUAUGCUAGAAGAGGGUCUUUUGGGUCCUGACCACAUCGAAAGCACACUAAGCCUGUAUGUUCAAUUGUUACAGAUAUGGAUAGAGGAGAUCAGGCAGAAAUCCAAAGAAGCAGCAAGCGGCUCAAUGGCCAAUGGCUUGUCUAGCAGUCGAGGUCGUCAUCUGGACCUCACCAGCGUCACCAACCACGUGGACGAGGUCGAAUCCCAUGGCGUUUUCUUUUUGUGCUCACAGUCCAGGCGCGUCAGAGCUUUCGCGAUUAAAGUGCUCAGGAUCAUUACUGAGUUUGAUGCGGCUCUUGGGAGAAAGAACUCUCGCAUUAUUCACAUUCUUGAAGGCGAUUCCCAGCAUGUCAUGAGUGCCAACGAUGGUUCUCUGUCAGUUGCCGAGCGGAGUAGGUUGCAAAAAGGUAGAAUCGAAAACACAGACCAGGCAGAGCCCACUCUGGUCGAGCUCUGUAGUAGCGACGUAUCUUACGACUCAACCCUCUGGCUUAAGAUGUUCCCGAACAUUAUUCGUCUCAGCUUUGAUCUCUGUCCUUCAGCUGUAAUGUUGGGUCGGGAGAUUGUCUGCGCACGGUUGUUGCAGAUGCAGGACACUAUCACAUUCCUUGAUACAGACCUACCCAAUAUACCCCUCCCUCCGCCUGAUUCUGUGAAUAUCCGAACGACUCACCGACUCCAGUCCACGUCGUCUCAAGUAGUCGUCGAACAGUGGAAGCUGUAUUUGAUAAUGGCAUGUACGACCGUUACAAAUGCUGGAGCUCAAACACAGAGUCAGCUUGACAAGACUCAACACUCCCGUAAGAUCUCGAAGCCAGCCCCUCAAGGGCAAGACAAGCUCAGCUCGGCAAGAGCUUUGUUUGCGUAUGUCAUCCCUCUACUGUCCAAUGGUAACGGUAUUAUUCGCGAGGCUAUUGUCAUCGCCCUGAGCUCAAUCAACACGAGUCUGUUCCGGACGCUGCUAGAGUCCCUGCAGUAUGCCGUGACCACGUGCAAAGAAGCAGCGAAGCAAAGGAUUGGUUCCCAUCAACGAACCGGCAGCAAUCCGCACAGGACUCCCAGCACGGACAGAUUACGCACAGAGGUCACUCAGGUCUACCGACUGACGGCGCGCUUUCUUAUGGAACCAAGUGUCAUGCAGGACGAAUGGAUUCUCUCUAAUCUAUGCGCUUAUGCUAGAGACCUCAUGAUAUUUCUUGGUGAUGGUGAGGUACAAAGUGAUUGGGAGAGUCAGAAGCUCCGCCAACAAUUCUGCGGAUUGGUGGAAGAAUUGGCACGGGCUGUAAGUGAGGUAGAAGACACUCUGCAGUACAUGCCCUUUGAAUUUCGAAGAUCCGCGUUCACUCUCAUGGAAGAAUGGUGCGGUUAUUCUCCACAUCAAGCAAAGAUUGCGCACCGCGAGGACGCCAUGAAACAGACCGUCAUCGAACGCUAUGCAAAUACUAGAGAGAGGGAUCAUUACAUGGCAUUAAUGGACGGUGAUAAGCGAGAUCUUGGUGCGGCGGCGCUGGGCGCCAUGGCCGCCUUAUGUGCCGGACCCAUUAGAGUCAAAACUGAUAGGGGAGAAUCAUUGUCUUUCGACAGUCGACGAAUGCUAUCCUGGGUUGAUCAAGUAUUCGGGAGUUCGCUUGAUAAGUGGCAUGCAAUAGGGCGCAAGGCACUGUAUAAUCUCAUCGCAAGCAACAAAAACCUUACUUCCUUACUCAAGAUUUCAAUCGAGCAGUGCUACACCCCGGAUCGUCCUCGAGCAGUGGACAGCUACUUUGAAGUUGUCUCAAAGGUUCUCCGUGAGCACGUGGACUAUGACAUCGAUUUCUGGAGGGUCUUAGCUGCCCUGCUCUUCCUACUCGGAAAUGAGAAAAGCGAGAUCCGCGUCCAGUCUGCAAAGUUACUUCAGCUUCUGGAACAACGGUCGGAACGCAAUUCUCGGAUUCAAGACUUCGACAUUAGCAUCUCUGACCGGACCACGGCGGUCUACAAAUCAGCCUCUUUUGAAAUCUCGCUUCUCGAGCCAUUUCAGGGAUAUUCACCCGGACAAUCAAAGGCAGAUGGUUUACGCAGUCCUCCCUGGAUUCAAGAAAUUAUUCUCCAAGUGGAACCGGAUGGGAGACCCACGUCUCCCUCAUACAUGGUACUUGCGAAUCUUCUUGAAAUUACAACCACUUCGAGUAGUGUCUUGAACAACGAAGUCCAAGCACUUUGGAAAGCUCUCGCGACUGGUCACCCCGGAAAUGUCCAGCUUGUGCUCGAUUUUGUAAUCUCUCUGUGUCUAGAUCGGCGUGACCAAGCGCUUGUGUACUACUCAAAGCAAAUCAUAGUUUAUGUCGCUAGCGAUGUUGCAGGCCCGAAGGUUGUUGAGUUUCUACUAUUAAAAGUCACGCCUAAGAAUCUCGUUGCCACGGCCCACGAGCCUACACCUCCACCUGCCGAUAGCUAUGGAUUCCCAUAUAUAGCCGAUCUAUCGGAAGCAUUACCCAUUGCAAACAAGCAGGACAUGUUUGCUUUGAGUCAUCUUGCUGUAGUCUUCCUCGUCGACCUUAUCGUCGCUCCCAUGACAAUCAAAGCGGAAAACGUACCAUUGCUUUUACAUGUCAUUUUCGUUCUCUGGGAUAACCAAAUAUCACUAGUGCAGGAACAGGCUCGAGAACUGCUAGUCCACUUGAUUCACGAGCUUGUCAUAACGAAGAUUCCAAAAGAGUUGCAGGAACAUUACAAGUCAAGGAGAAGUGAAGUGGAGGGCUUCGUCGAUGCCAUUAGACAUCACGAAGCUAGCUUGGUGUGGCAAUAUCGGGAAAGGGUUGCCAAGUACGAAGACUGGGACGUCCCAAACCCUUCCGGAGACGAUAAACGGCUCCCGUCGUCAAUGCCGAAGGUCACUAGCCAAGUCGUCGAUAUUUUUGCCCUCGUUUAUUCAGACAUUAAGGAUCGACUUGCGAGAAUUUCAUUGAGCUGGGGGACAUCAUGUCCGGUCCGACAUGCUGCCUGUCGGUCGCUUCAAAUAUUUCGAUGUGUGCUAGUCCCAAUAGACCAACCAAUGUUGAGUGAUAUACUUGCACGUAUAUCCAAUACUGUGGUUGCCGACUCGCAAGACGUGCAGACAUUCUCGAUGGAGAUGCUGGCGACCGUCAAAAGCAUCAUCAUCGAGCUUGAGCCUGCCGACCUCCUAUUGUAUCCACAUAUAUUUUGGACGACGUGUGCGUGUUUAGAUACGAAUCUGGAGCGAGAAUUCAUAGCGGCAGUUGGUAUGCUAGACAAGCUUCUGCCUAAGGUGAACCUAGAGGACCCUGCUGUUCUGAGGAUAUUGGAAAAGGCGAAACCUGCAAGGUGGCAAGGAACGUUCGAAGGUCUGACGCCCUUAUUGUAUAAGGGUGUGAAGUCUGAGAUCUCGUUGUCUACAUCGCUAGGUGUCCUUGACAAGCUACUAGCACUACCUAACAACGAACUUGUCGGAAAUCAGUCACGUUUGUUAUUUACGAUAUUGGCAAAUCUACCCCGGUUUUUGCAAUCAUUCGAAGAUGACAAUACAUUUGGAGAGUGCGGUCAGACAGCGCAUAUUCUUUCCUCCAUUGCCGAAAUUGGUGAUCAAACGCAAAUUUCUACAGUCCUUGACAAAUAUAUCGGUCGAUCCUAUGCGGAUAGCAAUGAAUUGCUUUCAGAGAUCCUAGCUGCUCUUCAGAAGGGAUACUUUCCGACUUGGGAGCUCAAGGCCUUAAUCUUUGCAAUCGGCCUAUUGAGCAAUUCGCUGCGUUGGUAUAAAUUACAGGCUCUGAGAGUCGUUCGAAGCCUUAUUACCGACGUUGACACUCGCCGUCCAGAAAUUUCAGAUUACGGACCAGACCUGAUUUCCCCUCUGCUUACUCUUCUUCAGACUGAGUUCUGUUCCCAAGCGAUUGAAGUCGUUGAUCAAUUUUACUCCAUGACCGAAACCCCGCUAACUCAAGAUCAUAUGCGGAUGAGCAUAUUCGGGCAAGGAUUGCGCCCCGUUCCCGUACAGAAAGAAUACGAAAAGACUCAAAGCCUGUAUGGCAUGCCAGAGGAGACGGGCUGGUCAAUUCCCAUGCCUGCAAAGCUUCACAAUACGACACGAGCCAACAUGCAACUUAUCUAUCAGGAUUGCGCGAAUCUUAAUGUGCCGGCUGCUGAAGCUGUAGUGACCCCCGAUGUAGAAUUCCAAGUUGAAGACGAUCAGGCCGCAUCUUACUUCUGUCUCGAACGGUCUGAAACACUUGAUCCCCACGAUCUAGUUGAAGGUGGACGUGAUGAGGGCGAACCAGGCGAUCUUCUGACGAAGCUCAACAGCCUAGAUGACUUUUUCAAUGACUCCCUGGAUACAGAAGACCAAGCAGAUAGCCGUUACUCAUCACUGACCACCACGCCUUAUCAACUUGACCCUGUUACAGGCGCAGAGAUAUAUGAUCAAGAGACAGCUCCAAUCCUGCAGCGAACGCUUGCUGGUGCGGGCUCCGCCCACUUGUUGCAUAGUAGUAAUUUUGAGCGGUCGAAUUUAUCAAUUAUGACCCCGGCUGCUUUCACACCAGCCACAGCUUCUGUUGGCACCGGCCCAGCUCGGCCAUCGUUGCACGCACGUUCAGUGACUUCCCCGGCUAAUAAUAUUUCGAGGAAAGCCCACAAUAUCCCAGAGUCGUUUUCGGAUGAUGAACAGGAUGAUGGAAUCUUGUCCGAGGAUGAGCGUUCGACCGGCCACAUUGUCGCGAAUGGCUCGAGGCUACUUGGAAAUCCAUCCAAAAGGUCUGACCUGGCAUUUCGAAAAGUCGGCCCAGGGCUAGAAGGCAAAGAAUACAAGCAGCGGGGGGCCUUCUUCGAGCUCAGAGUCGAUCGCACGGUCAUAACCCCGGAAGUCCUAGUGUGCCUAAGGUUCCGGAAGCUUUCUCUUCGUUGA